AUGGUGACAAUUGCUCUCCCAUCUUCCUGUAUGCUCAAGAGCAGCUCCAAGGGCUGGCUUUCUUCUGUGUUGAUUAGGAGUCCAUCCUCGCUUAGCUCCUUGAGGUGUAUCACAAAAACAUCAAGCUUAAGGAUGGCCAACCGCUUCAGGGCAUCGGCUAUGGCCGUUUACAAGGUGAAGCUCAUUGGACCAGAGGGGCAGGAGCAUGAAUUUGAUGCUCCAGACGAUGCCUACAUUCUGGACUCAGCUGAGACGGCAGGAGUGGAGCUGCCGUACUCAUGCCGUGCCGGUGCGUGUUCCAGCUGUGCAGGCCAGAUGGUGUCUGGUGCUGUUGAUCAGUCAGAUGGAUCCUUCCUUGAUGAUUCACAGAUUUCAAAGGGUUACAUGCUGACUUGUGUUGCCUAUCCCAUGUCAGAUUGUGUCAUUCAGACACACAAGGAAAGUGAUCUGUACUGA